CAAACAAAUCCGAUCCAGCCAGCAGCCCGAGGCCCAUGUUGGAGGCCCGGUCGAUCUCCUACAGGCGAUCUGAAGAACCAUCUCCUCACCAUCCUCGCCGGCCAAACUGCGGCCUCCAACACGCGCCGGCGGGCGGAGGCUCGCGGCAGAUGCGCCCGGCAGGUCAGGCCGCCGCCGUAGCCCGUAGAUAGGGUGCGCGCAGGACGGAGCUGUUCGUGGAGGCCGUGGGGUAUGCGCUCUUGAGAUGUCUAAUCUAUCAGAGCCCUCAAAAGAAGCUGUGUCAGCUGACGAUUCAAGUGCUGUCCAGAAAACUGGAGCAUGGAGUAACACGUUGAACAUUCUUCUGCAACAAACUUCAGUCUAUGGUGUGGCUGCUGGUUAUUGCCUGUCAGCAUCUCUGCUCUCCAUUAUCAACAAAUGGGCAGUCAUGAAAUUUCCUUACCCUGGAGCAUUGACAGCUUUACAGUACUUCACUAGUGUUGUUGGAGUUCUCUUAUGUGGACAACUAAAGCUUAUUGAGCAUGAUGGCCUUAAUUUGAGGACCAUGUGGAAGUUCUUGCCUGCUGCUGUGAUGUUCUACAUCUCCAUCUUCACAAACAGUGAACUUCUACUCCAUGCCAAUGUGGACACUUUCAUCGUGUUUCGCUCUGCUGUGCCAAUUUUUGUGGCCAUUGGAGAGACCUUUUAUCUUCACCAACCAUGGCCAUCACUCAAGACAUGGCUUUCGCUUUCAACUAUACUUGGUGGAAGUGUGAUCUAUGUUUUCACAGACAACCAGUUCACUGUGACUGCUUACACUUGGGCAGUGGCAUAUCUUGCAAGCAUGUCCAUUGACUUUGUCUACAUCAAGCACGUUGUCAUGACCAUUGGCCUGAACACAUGGGGCCUUGUGCUUUACAACAAUCUGGAAGCUUUCAUGCUCUUCCCUCUUGAGAUGCUUCUAACGGGGGAGCUUAAUCAGAUGAAGGGCGACAAUGCUAAAGUGACAAACUGGCUUUCAUCUGAUGUCAUUCUUCCUGUUGCUCUGUCGUGCUUGUUCGGGCUAUCUAUAUCCUUCUUCGGGUUCUCCUGCAGACGGGCUAUCUCGGCAACUGGAUUUACCGUGCUCGGUAUAGUGAACAAGCUCCUGACUGUUGUGAUUAAUCUCCUUAUCUGGGACAAGCAUGCCUCCUUUGUGGGAACAAUUGGGCUCUUGAUCUGCAUGUCCGGUAGUGUUCUCUACCAGCAGUCCACCACAAAACCAAAGGCCCCCAAGGCUGAGCCAAAAGAGGAGAAUGAUGAGGAGCAGCAGAAGUUGCUGGAGAUGCAGCAAGGGCAUGAAAGCAGCUCAACUCAGAAGCAAACAUCAUCUUAAGCCUGGUAGAAAAUUUGGCAUUGAUAUCUUAAGACAGCUUCCCUGAACCAUUUGGGAUGCUUGGGAAGGAUCAUUUGGCCAAAGGAUAUUCAUUCGUUAUAUGAGAACCUUGAAAUGCCGUUGGCAUGAAAAAUCGCAGAGAAAACUUAAUGUCACUUUGCAAUUCUUUGUUUAGUAGUAUACCGUAUUUAUUUGUUAGACCUGUGGUAGGGUAUCAAUUAUCAAAGAAUCCCGAAACAUAGUCGAACUGGAUUCUUCGUAUACAAUGUGCUGUUUCAUUGAUAAUACAGGGUGGUUACCCAUUUCUAUACAGGACGCGCCCGGCAGGGCAGGCCGCAGGCGAUAGCGUCGGCGUGCAGGAAACGAGGGUCACGUACCCUGAGUCUCGGACUCCGUGAGGCUGUGGGCUAUAUAUGCUCUUGAGGUAAAACCAAAGCUGCUUGGUUGAUUAUCCAGUCUUGUUUAGGGAUUGGGAUGUCGCUGCGAAAAAAAUGAUAACAGAGCUGGACAAUCGAGGUAUUUGGGUUUGCCUGCGGUGUUCAUCUUGCUGGUGAUGGAGCCACUGAAUCAGCCUUGCUAGAGUAAGAACCACAUAGAGAUCACUACCUAUUGCUUAUCUAGGAACCAGCAUGUGCACGGUACGCAUUGUUGAUUGACUUGGUCAUAACUAGUUUAGCCAAAAUAUUUGUACAUGAUUAUCUGAUCAUAUAGCACACCUACUCCAAAGAACACACCAAAUGCAAUUGCAAACACUACCUUGUCGAUAUACUGCUUUGUCAAGAUAGUGGAGGUUGGAGCUGCUUCUGCUGAAUUGCAGUGGUGUACAAGCAUAGGGCUGCAUAGCUUUGGGUUUCCAGCAAAACUAGAACUUGGAAAUGUGCUGAACUGGUCUCCGCUUGGUACAGGCCCUUUAAGGUCAUUGUAGGAAACGUUGAAUUCGGAAAGGAAGUGAAGGUUCACCAUUGCUGGAGGGAUUGCACCUGUCAGAUGGUUGUAUGACAGGUCUAGAACCAUCAGGUUCUUGAGGUUGCUGAUCGAUUCUGGGAUCUCUCCAUUUAAGUUGUUGAAGCUCAAGUUGAGUGAAACAAGUUCUUUUAACUCACCAAUCUCCAUGGGGAUCACACCAGUGAAAUUGUUGUUACCUAGAUUCAACAUUUCAGGGAGAGCAGUAGUUGUAUGAUACUGCAAACACAAACAUGCACCCGCAUAAAACGAAAAUGUAAAUGCUCUUUGUUCUGAGUUAUCUGCAACCUUGUCUGACUUUAGCAUUGGCAUCUCCAUUAGUGCCGCUGGUAUUUCUCCUGUAAGGCUAUUAUUGGAUACAUCCACAUACUUAAGGAAGUUAAGGCUAUUGAUCCAGUGCACAACGCUCUAUGGCAAGACCCUGAAUAUUCUCAAAACCAUCAAUUGCUUCAUCCUGUGGCAUAGCUUCAUUCUUGAAGUUGCUCCCCAUAAACAAGACAGUGAGGUUCCUUAAGCUCUUGAGUAUGUGAAGGGUAUUAGUUAUGUUUGUAAAAUUGUUGUAGGAAAUAGAUAAGAAGGUGAUCGACUUAAGAUUUCCUAUAUUUUUUGACAACUGGCCAUGAAGCCUAUUGGCAGAUAGGCGCAACCAAGUCAAAUUGCUGCAUGAGUAGAUGCUCUCUGGAAUGGUGCCGUUGAAAUUAUUCCAGGAAAAAUCUAAUGCUUUCAGAUUGGGCAGGUUGGAGAAGUUAACUUUGGCAAGCUCUCCUGUGAACUUGUUGGUGCUGAGGUUGAUGAUUACUAGAUUUGUGCAGUCGCCCAAGGAUGCUGGAAGCUCUCCAGAUAAGUUGUUGCUGCUAAUGUGAAGCUCCUUUAGUCUCUUUAGCUGACCAAUAGAAUUUGGGAUUUUGCCACUGAAUCUGUUCCAGCCAAGAUCAACAAAAACAAGAUUACUGAGCUUUAUGAUGAGUGAACCAUUAAUUGUUCCUUGCAAACCGUUGUUAGCAAAAGAGAGGUACUCCAAUGAUGUGGCAUGGAAGAGAUCAUCCGGGAGGGCCCCGCUAAUGUUGUUGUUACCAGCUUUUAGCAUUCUAAGGGCAGUGCAGUUACCUAUUCCUGGGGGGAUGCUGCCACUGAACUGAUUGUAGCCAAUGUCAAUAACAGCAAAAGAUGGCGAGCCGAUGCAGAAAGAGGAAGGUUGCCGUUGAGGUGGUUGAAGCUGACAUCAAGGACAACGAUGCUACCAGAGGACAUCAGCUCUGCCGGAAGGCCACCGGAGAGCGAGUUGUACGACAAGUUGAGGCGCGACAAGCUGGUGAGCUCUCCCAGCGACGGUGAUGCCUUCCCACUCGCAGCAGUCCAUGCCAUUCCGCCAUGACAUGGCGAUGCCAUUGUCGUGUGAUAGCCCAGCAAGGAACCGGAGGAGAGAGCUCUUCUCCUGCUCGAGGCACGCAAUGGUGGAGACGGCCAUGGGGAGCAGGAACAGCAGCAGACAUAACGAGGAAGCAGCGAGGCCAGAGAAAGGCAUCACUACCCUGCUUCUCCACGCAGAAUGGGGUGCCAUCUUCAUGGUCUCUCUUAUCACAGGUCUUUGGAGUUGAAUUUGGCAGCUAAUGUUCGCGAAAAUUACAUUGUUCGUUGAGCAUAUAUGUACACAACUGAAUGCAUAUAUUAUGUACUUAACUGAAUUAUUGUUUCGUUUGAAGUCCGGAGAUAUUGAUUUUGUGUUCGCAGCCAUAGGACUUGUGAGCCAUACUGCUACCUGUCAUACCAUUUUUAUUUUCUGUGCAGCCUUACUUUGUCAACUAGAGCAUGUGAUCCUACCUCUGUGUGGUCCAAGUUGAAUGUACAGUUUCUUCUUGAUAA